AUGGGAAGAAAGCUUGACGCUCUACUUGGCAGAACCACCUUCAAGACCUCCAAGUUCAGGUCCCUCCUCAACCUCGCCGUCUCCCGGCUUGCCGUCCUCAAGAACCAGCGCCAAGCCUGUCGCUCCCUGGCCCGCUCUGACGUUCUUCAGUUCCUCAACCUCGGCCACCACCACGACCGCGCUCUUCUCCGGGUUGAGCAAGUUAUUAAGGAGCAGAAUAUGCUGGAUGUGUUUGUGAUGAUGGAAGGCUAUUGUCAUUUGUUGGCAGAGAGGAUCGACCUCAUUGAACAUGCCAAAGAGUGUCCUGAGGAGCUAAAGGAGGCAAUAUCAGGUCUGCUCUAUGCGUCAACAAGGUGUGGAAUGUUUCCGGAGCUUGUGGAGAUGCGAGCCAUCUUCACAUCUCGGUUUGGGAAGGAGUUUGCGGCUCGUGGCAUUGAGCUGCGAAACAACUGUGGGGUGAAUGUGAAGAUGAUACAGAAGUUGUCAACUAAACAGCCAAGCUUGGAGAACAGAAUGAAGGUGCUCAAGGAAAUUGCUUCAGAGAACAACAUUGUCUUGCAGAUUGAAGAAGCUUCUUCAGUUAUCACAAAGUUGCAGGAAGAAAUGGAGGCAGAACAGAAGCCUCACCAGACUAAUACACAGUUAUCAGCAGUGUCGAGUAGUUCUAAGGCUGGAGAUAGCUUGCAUGAUUUGCCGGAGGGUGUAGAAAACAUGGAGGGAUGGUCUGAUUCAAUGAAGACUAGGAAAUAUAAGGAUGUAGCUGAUGCAGCAGAAGCAGCUUUUAAAUCAGCAGCUUAUGCUGCAGCAGCAGCAAGGGCAGCAGUGGAACUCUCUAGGUCUGAAUCUCAUGAUCCCAACGACCAAAAUAGUCCUGGUUCAGGGAAAAGAAAGGAGAGUGAUGAGCAUUAUGAGACAAAAUCUGAACUUCAAACUACUGAGGAUCGGAGAGUUGGGAUGGAAUUUGAGAAAGUCCACCCGAUUCAGAAUUACCGUUCUGAAUUCGAAGAUGAUGAAAUUCAAGGCGAAAAAAGAGCUGAGAAAUCUGAACAGAUCAACAUAGCAGUCCCUGGUGUGAAUUCAGCAGAUUCAGAUGGGGGUGUUUCAACUGGGACCAGCAUACCCGUGGAUGUAGUGGCCGAGGCAAAGCCAAUAGAUGAGGGAAUCUAUUUUGACGAGAAUGAUCAUGAUACUGGAAAUGAACAAGGUAUAGUACUUGAAUCGAGUUUGGAGAUGAAGCCUAGCUUUCUUAUGACUGAAGGUUUAAGUUCUGAAAAGCAUAACACAGUUGUGGAUCACGAUCUCCAUCAAAGAGAGGGUUCAAAGCUCUAUCGAUCUAAAAAGAGGUUCCCUUUGACAUCUCAAACUGGUGUGCAGGCAGAGGCAGGGCCUGGAAAUCCUGAAGCACAUUUUGCUGAUAGGUCCAGGAUGCAAAGGCUUAAGUAUCUGAAUGCAGAGAAGAGGCCAAUCUCAGUAAGAACCAGAAGAGCACAGGGGGAUUGA